AUGCUGAGCUACCCAUGGCUACAGUCCUCACUGGGCACCUUCCUUCUACUCCUGCUCUGCUGCAAUGCUCUGGCCUUGGUUGUGCUGCAGAACAAUCUGAGGAACAGCAACGAGAGACCCAUCAUUGGGAUAUUGGCACAGGAAAGUCUCUCUAAAACAUUUCGUAAGUAUGGAAGAUCCUACAUUGCUGCUUCAUAUGUGAAGUUUAUAGAAUCUGCUGGUGCACGAGUUGUGCCAAUAAGACUAUAUCGUUCAGAAAAAGAGUAUGACAAAAUUUUCCAGUCUAUUAAUGGGGUACUUUUCCCAGGAGGUGGUGUUAGUCUUAAGACUUCAGAAUAUGCUAGGGUUGCUAGGAUAUUUUACAAGAAGGCACUAAAGGCUAAUGAUAAAGGAGACUAUUUUCCUGUCUGGGGAACAUGUCUGGGACAUCAAGAGCUUACAUACCUCACCAGUGAGAAGAAGUUACUGGUUAAAACAAAAACUGAGAAUAUUUCACUCCCACUGACAUUUACCACAGCUGCAAAAGACAGCAGGAUGUUCCAGAAUUUUCCAGAUGACUUGUUGCAAAAACUUGCCACUGAGCCUUUGACGGCACACUUUCACAAGUGGAGUCUCUCCAUGAAGAAUUUCAGAAAGAAUGAGAAACUACACAACUUCUAUAAGGUUCUGACAACUAACACAGAUGGAAAGAUAGAGUUUGCAUCCUCAAUGGAAGCAUAUAAAUACCCUAUUUAUGGUGUCCAGUGGCAUCCAGAAAAAAGUCCUUUUGAAUGGAAGAAUAUCUCAGGCAUACCACAUUCCCCAUCAGCUGUGAAAGUAACAUAUUACAUAGCAGACUUCUUAGUUAAUGAAGCCCGGAAGAGCCUGCACCAUUUUCCCAGUAAGGAUGAAGAGACUGAAGCAUUGAUUUAUAAUUAUGUCCCUGUUUUUAGUAGUGCAUUUUCUAAGUUUCAGCAAAUCUAUUUUUUUUGA